UCAUAUCAAAUUUGAAGGCUAGCAUAAGUAAUACAGUGAUUAUUUGCGUAAUGAGUGACCCAGAAAGAUGUACUUUAAAAACUUCUACUUCUUCUGCUGUUUUGAUUUGAGUUUCGGUUCUGCGCGUGAUCACCGGGAUAUCUGAAUUUAAAUUUGUUAUGAAGACAGUUUGAUAAGUUUUAUUCCUUAUUUCUUACAUUUUAUGUAUAUUUUAAAGAUGAAACUUUUUAUUUCUAACUUGCUGCUGAUAGGAAUAUUGACUGUUAGUUAUUGUGUCGGAUACAAGUAUGAUAUAAAAUAUUUUGAGCAACGGGUGGAUCAUUUUGGCUAUUCAAACAAUGACAAAUUUCAACAACGGUACUUGAUUAAUUCUGAUUACUUCAACUCAAGAAAUGGAUCUGUAUUUUUUUAUGCAGGGAAUGAAGGAGACAUCGAAAUGUUUGCGAAUAAUACUGGGUUUAUUUGGGAGAAUGCUGCUUUGUUCAAUGCCCUCAUUGUGUUUCCGGAACAUAGAUAUUAUGGAGAAUCUUUACCCUAUGGAAAUAAAUCACUUAAAGAGGAAAAAUACCGGGGUUACUUAACCUCUGAGCAAGCACUUAUGGAUUUUGCUGAAUUAAUUUCUUAUUUGAAAUCUACCAUACCUGGAGUAAAUAAAUCUUCUGUCAUAGCAUUUGGUGGCUCUUAUGGUGGUAUGUUAGCUGCUUGGAUUCGAAUAAAAUACCCACAUCUUGUUAAAGGGGCAAUUGCAUCAAGUGCUCCAGUAUGGCAAUUUACAGGCUUAACACCUUGCGAAAAAUAUAACGAAAUAAUAACAAAGGAUUUUGCUGAAGCUGGAGAAAAUUGUGAUAAGAUGAUUCGUCGAUCCUGGGAUGUGAUUAAAAAUUUUGGAAAAACAGCCUCUGGAGCUAAAUUUUUGUCUGAUACCUUUAAGUUAUGCCAACCUAUUACUGCACCAAAUGUUACUGAUUUAAUUCAGUGGCUGUAUGAUACAUGGUCUUAUAUGGCUAUGACAGAUUAUCCAUAUCCUACAGAUUUCUUGGUUCCGUUGCCAGCCAAUCCUAUAAAAAAAGCUUGUCAAUACUUGAAAAAUGUAUCUGAAAGUGACCAACAACUUAUGUUUGACAUCUUUAAAGCUGCAUCAAUAUUUCAAAACUAUACUGGAGAUAAGACAUGUUUUGAUACUAAACAAUCAGGAGGUUCAUCUCUUGGUGUUGAAGGUUGGGGCUAUCAAGCCUGCACUGAAAUGGUUAUGCCAAUGUGUCAAAAUGGAAAGACCGACAUGUUCGAUCCUGCACCUUGGAAUUUUACAGCCUAUUCUGAGUAUUGUUGGAACACAUAUAAAGUGAAACCUGAUCCAGAUAAGGCAAUAAUAAUGUAUGGAGGAAAAAACAUCACUGACUCAAGCAACAUAAUUUUUACGAAUGGUGACUUAGACCCUUGGCAUGGCGGUGGUGUUCUCAAAUCAUUAUCUGAUACUUUAAUUGCAAUUUUCAUGGAUAAUGCAGCACACCAUUUAGACUUACGAACCUCAAAUUCUGCCGAUCCUUUAUCUGUUAAAAAGGCUCGCGAUACCAUUAGAAGUUGGAUAUCCAAGUGGAGUUUUGAAGGAUGAAAAUUCUAAAAAAAAACAACCUAUUUUGACGUGGCAUGGCGAAGUAUUUGUGUUGAUUAUGAAUUUAAAAAUGUUGACAAUGAAAUAAGUUGUCUCAAUUAAAGUAAGGCAAGUUCGUUUCCAUUUUCCACAAUGUGUUAAAUUAUUUUUAAUUAUGUUAAAGUAAUGUUUGUCAUGUUUUGUCACAGAUUUUAUUCUUAUAUUUUAAAUUAUCUGUUUAUUUUCAGUUGUUAACACAAAUAGCGUGUUGUUUUCCAAAAAUUAAUCUUAUGAUAGUUGAUAUUUUCUUUCUGACAAACUGAGAACUAAAUUUUUUUACCUUUUUUUGUUUGUUUUUAUUUAUUUAUUAUUUCAAAAGUAUGUUCAUUUCUUUUGUAAUAAUGAGAUAACUUUAUAAACAGACUAUUAACUGGUGCAUAUUCUAAAGAAGUUAAUUUAUUUGUUCUCUAUUGUAUAAUUUUUUUUAACAUUUCCAUUUGAACAAGGCACAAAAUUGGUAUGUAACUUUAGAAACCUUUGUACAAUAAAGUUAACAAUGCUACAUCUUUGUUUUAACUGUGAUUGAGAAUUACGUUAAUAAGUUUAAGUUUUUUUUUUCAUUAUUAAUGUUUUAGAAUUUACUUGUUUUAUUUGACGUUAUAUAUAUGUUCUGAAAAAAUAUUCAUAACAUUAACUGCAGCUUUAAAAUAUUCUUGAAGGAAAGGAGAAAACACGUAUGUUUUUCUUGACAAUACAAAUAUCAUUUAUAUAAUUUUUGUAUUGAUUUACUAAAAUGUAAGAACUUGUUUUUAAUUAUCAGUUUUUACUUAUUUUCAUAGUGGAGGUUCACAUUUUAAAAUGUCUGUUAAUUAUCUACAUAUGUUAUUAAUUGUUAUAAAUCAAAUAUUAUAGCAUUGUUGACCAUUGUGUUUAUUACCUACAUAUCAUAAUUUUUACACAUUUUAAGAUUCUAUUUAAAAUUACCCAUGGGGCAGCUUUAAAAUUGUUAUACAUAAUUAAUAUACAUAUAAUGUAUAUCAGAUUUAUUUUAUGAAAAUGUUUUAAAUAAAGCAACUAUUUUUUGAAAUGACAUUUUCUUUUAUUCUUAUUAUCUUAAUAUUUUGUUUUAGAUCGAUUAUUUAAUGUAUUAGCAUAAAUUAUCAGGAAAGUUGAUGAAUAACUGUAUGACUUUUUUUAUUUGGUAAAGCAUGUUUUUCUACUUAA